ACCCCUGUCCCACCCUGGGGAGGUGGUACAAGCCCACAGGGUGCACUUUUAUUUUUAGCUCUUUCAAGGGUCGGGCAAGUGCUCCUGAAUGUUUGUGAGGAUUUCUCCCUGCAGCUCUUUGACUCCUUCGUCCCUCCCUCAGACGCUCACUCCUCUCCCUCUGUCUCUGUGUUUUGUUUGGCCAGGACAAUGACUGCGGGGAACAUGGAGAGCGCCGAGCUGUUCGAUGCUGGGAAUAAAGGUCGCGGCCUGAGAGCCACCAAGAACCUCAAAGCUGGGGAGGUGGUCUUUGCAGAAGCAAGUUUCUCUGCCGUGGUCUUUGACAGGUAAGUGUUUCCUGCUUUUUGUGUUUUCUUUAGAUUUGAUUGAGGGGGAAAACAGAUGAUCAAUUCACCUGAAGGCUGCAGGUGAGCUGUGGACAGCAGGUUUUCUCUCACUGUGACCUUGUUUCUUGAGGCCCAAAUUCUCAUGACAGCAGCAAUGUGAAAACUGUAGAGGUGUCCAGUGAACUUGGGUAUGACGUACUGUUGGAUUCAGUUUCAAAGGAUCCUGACGCCUUUCAAACUUUCAAAACCACUGGUCUAAUCAAAAGAAUAAUAAAAGAAUUUUAUAAAAUCCCAAUCAUGUCUGAACCAGAGGUGUCAGGCUCUUUGUGGCACCACUUUGAAGUCCUUGUUUCUGAGCUUCUUGCUGUGCCUUAAAGCAUACAUUAGUCACACUUCUUCACAAGGUGUUUCAGAAGACAGAAAGUUUUGUGGUGGUGUGUUGCAGACAUUUGGUGCUUAGAAACUAAAGGCUGCUUGUCAGUGUUUAGUUUAUGCUCUAAAGACAGAAAGCAGACCUGCAAAAGUUCAAACAGCUCUUGUUGUAGUUACCCAUUAGUUAUCCGUUUGGCACCUUAAACUUUAAAUCUUCACUGAAGCAAAAAAGCAGCUGCCUCUACGACUAGUUCAUAUUAUGUUUCAAACCUAAGCUUUGAUUUUACAGCCGUGAUGUACAGGUUUAAAUUAACGGUUUAGUUUUACAUGACCAAAACUGUUGACCAAUAGUUGUGCACGAGGCUAGCUAUGUCGAGUGGUGCAAACAUGAACAACCUUACAUGUUUUGUACACACUGUGCUGAAGCUUCAUUUUAUUUUAAUUCAUUUCCUCUUCUUCUACUGCUGCUGAAGUUUUGUUUACCACCUGACUUCCUUCAUGUAUUUUUGGUUUUGGACCUCUGGUGCACUAACUUUGGAGCAUGCUCAGAGCGCUUAGGCCAGUUUGGGUCCUCUACAGAUGAGAGAAAAUCAACCCCAAACUGUUUUAUUAUCGAGCUUUGUUUGUUCGACUUUGAGAAAUUUGUGAUUUUAGUCAAACUGACGUAUUAAUGUGUAUUUGAAACGUUUUAUUUUCACUAACCCAGUAGAUUUCUAGAUUUCUAAAAAAAUAUUGUAUUUACAGAUUAAUGGCAAAAGUUUUGGACUCGCUUCAUAACUUUGCAUCAGACUGAAGUCGUGUAACUGUAUCACUGUUGAGAUCAAAUGGGCUUCAUCAAACUACGCCCAAUAAAAGUUCUUGUUUUUGUCCCUGACAGGCUCAGAUUGUCAUGUUUUAGUGUCUGAUUAUGUUACAGGAAGGAUGAGGAAAGAGUUGACCCUUUAAAAAAAUGAAAAAAGAGAGAAUUGAUUUUUUUUUUCACACUUUUUAAGGACAUCAGACUUCACUUAUGAAAUACAGUCAUUAUUUCCUUGCAGCACAUUAUUGUGUUCCCAUCCUACCAGUCUGCUGUGGUUCAUCAUAGAGAUAGUCUGAUUAAGCAAUCAGUUCCCUUAACCAGGCCAAGUGACAACAUUUUGAGAUGAUCAGCAUCAUCUGAUGCCUCAACAAUCACAUUGGCCAUCACAGCCUGGUUCACUGCUGCCGGCCGAAGCAACCUGCUGCAACAACUGGAAAAUUUCUGGUCGUUUUAAAAUGAUUAAAAUUAAGAGCAGAGCAGGCUGUAAUUCCCAACAAAGAUCAAGUCCUAUCCUCUGAGAGUUUCUGUUGUCCAGCUGACAGGUUCUUGUGUUUUACUCUGUGUCUGACAGCAUCACAGAAAGGAUCCCUUCAAAGUCUGACCCUCUUUUAAAGAUUAUAAAGUUUGUUCUUCAAACAGUGUACAGGGCAGUGAACAUUAAUACUACAAAAUAUAUAUUCUACUUGUGCAAUGUGCAUUUUCACUCUUGUCAUCUUAGUUGUCCACCAUGCACUCUACACUAUAAACAGUGUAGUGAGUAGUAUGUACACUGCAAAAUUGGAUUACAGAGUAGUAAGCUUUAAUGCAAUGUAUAUUAUUGACUAUGCAAUGUUCACUUAAUUUAGUGCACAUACAUUUUGAGAAUGCAGAAAAAAAUCUUUAUUGUAGUAGAAACCACAUCCCAUGCAGUCUAACCUCUGCUAUGUAAACUACUCUUUUUUUAGUGCAGCAUACUUUAUCUACUGUGUGAUAUGCCAUACAGUAAAUUCCAUGCAAUCUACACUGUGGUUAGUGCAACAAAAAUAUCUACCAUGAAUGUUUUAAAUGCAAUGUACUUUAUCUAACAGGCAAGCAUCACUUUUCACAGUGCUGUAAAUAUGAUCAAAUUGCAUCACAUAUUAUCUCCACUGCAUUUCAUACUUUUUAUCUACCAUGCGUUGUACAUUUUCUUCUUUGCUAUCUGGAGUGUAACAGUGUCGAUUGAUUUGAAACACAAAACAGCUGUUUCAUAGUUUUCUCUAAAGCCACAAGAGUUUAUGAACAGAAACAGUGAUAUUACUUUGUGCUGAACACAGAAGCUGCUGGUCCCCCACAGCUUGAUAGUUUACAAGUGAAUCAGCUGCUUUAUGUUUAGCAAAGUAACAACAGUUUGAAGCCUGCUGCUAAAAGAGAUUUGGAACUUUUUGUUACCUCAAUACUUCAAAACAAUGACGAACAAUAUCAACAUGAUUGGCUGCAGUAGCCGCCAAUCAAUCAAAUUGUGUCUGAUGAAAACUUUGGUUUCAUAUUUUGUGUUGAAAUUUAGUUUGAAAAUAAUAAUAAUAAUAAUUAAGUUAAAAUAAAAAUAAAUAAACUGAUGUCUUUCUUUUUUUCUGCCAUUCAGGUGAUGCGAAAAGUAUCCAAUCCUUUCGGAUGUUGAGCAUGUUUUUAAUCGGAGUUUGGCUCAGUUUGUUAGUGUGCUGAAAACUCACUGUCUGUUCUCUGCCCGUUUGGACAAUAUUCAGUUUGAACACUCACUUCUGUCAGCUCAGAGUUUUUCUGCAUUGUUGUUUCCAAAUCUGUGAAUAAUGUGAAUUCAAAUAAAUCGUGUUGCCAUGUUUGUGAAUGUUUGUGAACAUGAAAUAUUUUUAUGCUCCUGCCUUGAAUUUAAAAGAAAUCAUUCUUGACACUUUUUCCUUUAAUUGUAAUUUUUAAAAUGGAAAAUUCACGGCAGAGUUCUGUAGCAAUUCUAAAAUUUAAGACUGCUUUGUUGCAAAUCGUCACAGGGUUAAAGAAUUAUUUAGCAACACAGAAAAUUGUUUUUGUCUUUUUAUCGUUGCAGUUUCAGAAAUUCUCUUAUUUUUUAUUUUUCCAGUUUCGCCAGUCAGGUGUGCCACAACUGUUUCCGGCGUCAGGCCAACCUGCACCGCUGUGCCCAGUGUAAGUUUGCGCACUACUGUGACCGCACUUGUCAGACAGCAUGUUGGGACGAACACAAGCAAGAGUGUGGAGCCAUCAGGAAGAGGAUCAACGCCCCGAGCGAGAGUGUACGGUAAGAAACACAGAUUUGAUCCAUCCCACUGGGGGGCAGAGAGAGAGGGAGAGCUGCAGAAGGAGGGCUGAACUUUACAGAACAAGAUGCUCAACUUAAGCCCCAAAGUUUGUAUGGACCGGUCACCUUGAGAGCGGUUUUUUCUUGGGUCUAUAAAGUAUCCUCUGUUAGAGUUUACAAGGUCAGUCAAGUCCAUCCUGUGCAGGAAGUCGAUGUAGUUAUUGUGAUGCCAUCUAGGCUCUGUCCACUACAUUCUUAAAGCCUGGAGUUUGGCAGUGCUGCAGUUGCCUCAAUUUUUUUUACACAUAGUCUGUUUCUGGUUCAGUCUGGCUGCUCGGGUGCUGUGGCGUAUUCACAAGGACACAAGCAUCGUCUCAGACACUCAGCUGGUUGCAGUGGACCAGCUUGAGGACCACGUGUCUGACCUUCCUGAGGAGGACCUGAAGAAGAUGAAGAAGGAUGUGCAGAUCUUCCAGGAGUACUGGUCCUACGGCAGGAAGAAGCACACUGCAGAGGAAAUCUCACACAUCUUUGGAAUUGUAAGAACUGACAGAACAUUGUGCAGUUCAGCUUUUGCUCUUUGAACCUCUCUCCCUUCAUAUCAUCAGCCCUUUUCCUUCUCUCCUCUCUGCAGAUUAAGUGUAAUGGAUUCACUCUGAGUGAUCAGAGGGGCCUGCAGGCUGUGGGUGUCGGCCUUUUCCCAAAUCUUUGUCUGGUUAACCACAACUGUUGGCCAAACUGCACCGUUAUCCUCAACAACGGCAAGUACGUAUCUGAGCCAACUGAUAGUCAUCCUUGACUGUAUACCUUACAUGAAUAAUACAAUUGACAAUAUUUGGACCAUGAAUGAAAAGUCAAAUAUUAUCUACCAGGAUUGAACCGACUCUGAUUUUGUUUUUCAGCCAGUCUGCUGUGAGUUCUGCGCUCCAUUCUAAGAGGAGGUUUGUAUAUCACUGUCCACACAUCAAUAUCCCUAAUGGAUGUUUUUACUCAUUGCAAAUAUGGGCUCUAGCUUGGGCCUGUUUUGACAUGCACAAUAUUGGAAUUUUUUGCAUGUUAAACAGAAAGGUACAAUAAUUUAAACCGUCAGUUCAGAUCCAGACUCCGCUCUCUCCUGCUCUCUUCCCCUGUUUUAGGAUCGAGCUGCGAGCUUUGGAGAAAAUCCCUGAAGGUCAGGAGCUGACUGUUGGCUAUGUGGACUUCCUGAACCUGUCAGCUGACCGUCAGAAGAAGCUGAAGGAACAUUUCUAUUUUGAGUGCAGCUGUGAACACUGCAGCAAGCACAUAAAGGAUGACCUGAUGAUGGCUGCUGCAGACAGCAAAGUCAGGGAGGGGAGGGGAGGACUGGUUUCAGUAGAAAAUACAGACCUUUGAUUCUUGUCUAUGAUAAUAACUCUGUGUGUUUCUGUUUGCUCUCAGCCGUCUGCUGAUAAAGUGAAGGAGGUGACGGCCUUCAGUAAAGACUGUCUGGAGAAGAUUGAGCGGGCUCGUGUGGACAUGGAUUACCAUGAGGUAAACCACAUGACUUCAGUAUUUUCUUCAUGUCUGUCCUCCUCAUUGUCCUAACAUGACCAUCACUCUGAGUUCCAACGUUCAGUCAGCUGUUGGGAAUCUUGGCUUUAUUUUUGACAACCAUCUUAAACUUGAUGAGCAGAUCAGUCAUGUUGUUAAAACAAGCUUUUUUCCAGCUCUGUCUUUUAGCAAAGGCUAAAAAUUAUUUUUUAAAAGGCUGAUCUUGAGAAAACUAUUCAUGCCUUUAUAACAUCACAAAUAGAUUACUGCAGCUCCUUGUAUGCAGGCUUGGACAAGUCAUCCAUCAACCGCCUUCAUCUCAUCCAAAACCCUGCUGCUCGGCUCCUCGCUCGCUCCAAUUUUAGUGACCCUUCACUGGCUUACAAUCCACUUUCACAUUGAUUUUAAAACUCUUUUAAUUGUUUUUGAAGCCCUCAAUGGGGCUUUUUUUUGCCCCUCCUUACUUGUCAGAGCUCCUGCAUCACCACUCCCCAGCCAGAGCCUUAAGGUUCUCUGACCAGUUACUGUUGAGCGUCCCCAAAACCAGAUUCAAGUCUAGAGGUGACAGGGCUUUUUCAGCGGUUGCCCCCAGACUGUGAAACAGUUUACUUGUCAUACUUAAAGACCCACCUUUUCUCCCUUGCACUUAAUAAAUGAGCACGCAGGAAUCAUAGGCACUGUAGCUUUGACUCUUUUACUGUCUGUAUUUUGAUUUUAAUUGUUUUAUUGUUAUCUAUCUAUUUAUUUACUUCUUUUAUUCAUCCCAUGUACAGCACUUUGUUUGACUGCUGUCUUUUUAAAGCUGCUUUAUAAAUAAACUUUGACUUGACUCAAUCACAUGUUCUUCCCGUGUCUGUCAGGUGAUGAAGUUGUGCCGUGAAUGUCUGGAGAAGCAGAAGGACGUCCUGGCUGGCACUAACCUAUACAAACUGCGUGUGCUGAGCGUGGCCAGUGAGGUUUUGUCAUUUCAGCAGCAGUUCUCUGAGGCUGCAGGCUACGCCCGAAAGAUGGUGGAGGGAUAUAUGUGAGUGCACAAACAACUGGGACAACACGAAAGAAAGUCUUGACAUGGUUAUUGUUUAAACUUAUAUAAAUAUUCUGUUUAUUAACAUUGAAACUUACUUUAAGGAACCAUUUUAAGUGACAAAAAACAGUAUAACCCCAAUUCAAAAACAGUUGGAAUUCAUAAGGUUGAUAGAGACACUGUUUGAUUGCCUGUUAAAUUCCAUAUUUGAUUAAAAACAAUGCAGGGAAGACCUCAAAAAUUAAAUACGUGGAUAUUAAUCAGCAUAAUGAGACUUUGUUAAGGUGCUGGCCCGUCCUUAAAAACUGUUAAAUCCCAUUGUCCAUUUCAUAACAUGAAAAUUGUUCCCUCCCACUUAAACAGGAAGUUGUACCACCACAACAACGCCUUGCUGGGUAUGGCCAUCAUGAGGGCUGGGGUCACCCACUGGCACGCUGGGCAGAUAGAGGAGGGUCACGGUUUGAUCUGUAAGGCCUACGGGAUCCUAUUGGUCACACAUGGACCAAACCAUGCCAUCACUAGAGACUUAGAGGUACAGGAGACUAAAUAUCUUCAAUAUCUGGUGUAUUUUUGAUUUGAUACCAUCAUUAAUAUCUGUUUUUUCUACGUGCAGUCAAUGAGGACGCAGACGGAGAUGGAGCUGAAGAUGUUUAGGGAGAGUAAGGAUGCCUACCACAGCAUGAGGGAUGCUGCUCUGAAGAUCCCAGCUGUUGAGGAAAAGGUCAAAGGAGUCUGAAGAAGAAGAUGUAACCAAAUAAACCCGCUCUGAUGUUCUAAUGCAUGUCUGAGCUGGUCAUAUAAAAAUCUGCACACAGUCCUGCACGGACACUGUGAGUGUGUCUGAUGAUUCACUGCUCUGCAAAAGUGUGAAGAUGAUGUGAUAAAACAUGGUGCAUGUACAGAAAAUGUGCAAUUAAAGAGGAGAUUCAACUCGUGCUGUGACCAGUUACCUACAAACAUGAUGCACAUGAGACAGCUGAGACAGGAGUUUGGG